UGAGGAUAGGGUUCGAAGCACGAUAUGUUUCUCUCACUGAUCCUAUAUAUACUGGCCUCCGGCCUUGGGGAAACUGGCAAGGAGCCUAGACGCAUGGGCAAUGAGAUCUUAUGCUUUUGCGCGGUGCUCGAAAUCCUCGGCGACACGCUCGAGCAAGUCGAAUCUUUGUCGUUCUAUCUUCGACGCUCGGUCGCGACGCAAGAUACUGCUAACUGAUGCUUGGAUAUGUUAGAUGAGAAGUUGAAUGCGGUCGAUGCGAUUCAGGAAGAGGCAAACUACAAAAUCGAUCCCCUGAUACUGUUCAAUCUCGGAUCGCAGAUCAAACAGAUAUUCCAAGAGCCGAGAAUUCAAUACCUCAGAAGAGCAA